AUGGAUGCUCUGGGUUCCUCUGACCCCAGUGGGCCCUCCACUCUCUGCUUCCCGGAGCUGAACCAGUCGUGCCCUAAGCCCUUUCUCUCUCCCAGCGCUGCCCUGCUCCGCCUGGCUCUGCUCUGCACUGUGCCCCCACUCACUGUUACCCUCAAUCUGCUCGUCAUCAUGGCUGUGGCUCACUUUAGACAGCUGCACACGCCUACUAACCUACUGCUGCUGUCCCUGGCCGUGUCGGACCUGCUCGUGGGGCUCGUGCUCAUGCCGGGGGAGAUGCUGCGGGAGUCGGGCUGCUGGCUGUUGGGGGAGCUCGUGUGCGCCCUGUACCUGUACGUGGCCUACGUGGCUGUGUCGGCUUCUGUCAUCGACAUGGUGCUCAUCUCCGUGGAUCGCUACGUGGCUAUCUGUGAUCCCCUGCACUACUCGCAGCGUGUGACUAUGCGGCGCGUGUCCGUGGGCGUGGCGUGCUCGUGGGCCUUCUCUUUCCUGUACACCGCUCUCAUCCUCAAAGACAACCUGCUUUACCCGGAGCGCACGCGCACCUGCUGGGGAGAGUGCAUGCUGGUGUUUGACUUCGUGUCCGCGGCCGUGGACGUGUUCGUGGGCUUCAUUCUGCCCGUGGGCCUCAUCCUCGCCAUUAAUCUGGUGGUGCUAGUGGUGGCGCUGUCUCAGGCCCGGGCCAUGCGCGUGCAAGUGGUGGCGCACGCGUCUCAGCGUGUUGCGCGUCGGCCACAACUAAAGGCGGCGCGCAGCCUGGGCGUGCUGGUGGGCAUAUUCCUCCUGUGCUUCACACCGUACCAGUGCUUCAGCCUGGUGGGGGGCGACCUGCUCCAAAGCCCUGUUGCAUCCUUCCUGGUCUUCCUUGUCUACGUCAACUCCUGCGUUAACCCGCUGGUCUACGCGCUCUUCUACCCCUGGUUUCGCAAAGCUGUGCGCCUCAUCGUCACGCUGCGCAUCUUCCACGCAGACUCCUGCCAGGCCAUCAUGAGCUGA